AUGAAUGGAGAGCCAAGAUAUACGUCUCUAGAUAGUCUGGAGAAGGAACCCCUUUCAACAGGAAACAUAAAAUUCCAGCCAUCAUCUCCACUCUUGGAACUGGGCAACUUAGCCCAUCUCGGCCACCGAGGUAAGGGCCAACACACAUGCCCACACGCGUAUCAAUGUACCAAGGGAGGUGUGAAUCCAGACGGCACGAUGGUGAUCUUUGAGAGAAACUCAGUCUUCAGGGGUCACUUACAAAAACAUCAGAAGCCGUACAAGUGUGAGCUGCCGGGCUGUUCGAACCGGACUGGUUUUGCGAGGGCCGACCAACUUCAACGACAUCAGGCAGUCACGCGUCACGGCUAG